AUGCCAUUUGAGGAAACAAAAAAGACGAGUGUUUAUUACAAGAAACAAGCAUCUUAUCAUGACAAGCGAACAACCACAAACUUAUCACAUUUGAUUGAACCAAUAAUACGACAUCGUAUUUUAGAUUCCAUUUUUUAUAAGCAAUAUCUUUAUUUGACCAAUGAAGCUACAAUAUUGACAGUUAUUACUGAGCAAGUGAAAUAUGUAGGCGGUGUUGACUCUAUAGGAAGACCGUCUCCCUUUCUACAGUCGUUAUUUCGAAUGCUUGAAUUGGCUCCUUCAAAAGAGAUUAUCGAUGUUUACUUGCACCAAUUGAAAUUCAAUGAAUUUAAGUAUUUGGUAGUAUUAACGUUACUUUAUAUAAGAUUGACGUUUACAAGUGAAGAGAUAUAUACGAUUUUCGAUAAGUUUAGCCAAGAUUUUCGAAAAUUGAAAUUCAAAUUGAAAAAUUCCCAUUUCGAUUCAAGGAGAUUACCGAUUUUUUAUAAAAUCAUCUAUAUGGAUGAGUUUAUCGACGAUUUGUUAAUAAAGGACCGAGUCGUGGAUUUAACCUUGCCGAGGUUAAUUCCACGAUUGCUUUUGGUCGAGCGGGGGUUAGUAGCUCCUCGCCAAUAUUUUCUUGACAAAGAGACACGUUCCGAAACAGUUAUUGGGCAACGAGUGUCGCCUCAUCAAGAAGAUGAUAAUAAUAGCGAUAUCUAUGAAAGUGAUAGUGACUAA